AUGGUACGUAGUUUUGUUGUUAAGGUGCCGGCCUCUUCUGCAAAUAUUGGUCCUGGUUACGAUGUUUUAGGUGUUGGUUUAGCGUUGUUUCUGGAACUAAACGUUUCUAUUGAUCCUACACAGGCUCAUUUGACUAAAGACGACCCAAACAACUGUCUGUUAAGUUACAGCGAAGACAGUGAAGGGUUUGAUUCCGUGCCAUUGAGAUCUGAUGCUAAUUUGAUUACCAGAACUGCCCUUUACGUUAUGCGUUGUAAUAAUAUCAGAGCUUUCCCUUCUGGAACGAAAAUCCAUGUCACCAACCCUAUCCCUCUAGGUCGUGGGUUAGGCUCUUCAGGUGCUGCUGUCGUUGCAGGUGUCAUGUUGGGUAACGAAAUCGGACAGCUUGGCUUCUCAAAGCAACGUAUGCUAGACUACUGUCUUAUGAUUGAACGUCAUCCAGAUAAUAUUACUGCAGCCAUGAUGGGAGGUUUCUGUGGUUCUUUCUUAAGAGACUUGACCCCUCAAGAACUAGAAAGACGUGAAAUUCCAUUGGCUGAGGUCUUACCUGAGCCAACUGGAGGAGAAGACACUGGUUUGGUCCCACCUUUACCACCAACCGAUAUCGGUAGACAUGUUAAAUAUAACUGGAACCCUAAAAUCAAAUGUAUAGCGAUUAUUCCACAAUUCGAAUUAUCUACCGCUGACUCCAGAGGCGUUCUACCUAAGGCUUAUACAACUCAAGAUUUAGUUUUCAAUUUACAAAGAUUAGCAGUUUUGACUAAUGCUUUAACGUUAGAUCCUCCAAAUGCCAACUUAAUUUAUCCAGCUAUGCAAGACAGAGUCCACCAGCCAUACAGAAAAAUCUUAAUUCCAGGCUUAACAGAUAUCUUACAAAGUGUAACACCUUCCACAUAUCCAGGUUUGCUCGGUAUCUGUCUUUCCGGUGCUGGGCCAACCAUCUUAGCUUUGGCCACUGAAAAUUUUGAGGACAUCGCUCAAGAAAUUAUAAAUACUUUUGACAGAAAUAACGUCGAAUGUACAUGGAAGUUAUUGGAAUUGGCUCAUGACGGUGCCACGGUGGAACAAUAUUGA